CCUCUUGUUACACUUCAGUGAACUGAGCAGCUGAGUUGCACAGAGCAAAUCCUAAUUAACUCUUUCACACCUCAUCUCUGGAGUUCAAACUGGGAGUUGAAGGGGGACCCAGCAAAUGGCACCUUUAACUGAAAAGCCUGAUCCAAGAGAAAACCAGAACCUGGAAGUGCAGAAGACAAAUUCCUCUGGCACAAUGAGCUCUGAACAAGAAGUUGAUGUUGUGAAAACAGAAGUUGAUGUUGUGAAAACCGUGGUCAAUGGGCUGAUAUCAAGCAGUGAUGGACAAGAGCAAGCCAUUGACGUCCCUUUAUGUGCACGCUCUAUUUCUGCCGUUAAAAUAAUCCCCGUGAAGAAAGUGAAAAGUUCUCCUGACCUAAUGCUACCUACAGACAAGGAUCCCACUAAAGUCUGCACUGGAAAAGGGACCGUGACCCUACGGGCAUCUCCAGCCUCUGAGGAAAGGCCAAGUAUCAGUCCCCCAUGUUCUCAGGAUGUCCAGCAGUCAGAAACACACAUAGCUCUGGAGACAGGAAAACCAGAAACAGAUGAUUGGAGGUUAUCCUCUAAUGGAGAUAUCCAGCCAUCUUCUCUGGCUGCCAAGGGCUAUAGAAGUGUGCGUCCCAACCUCUCCUCAGAGGGCAAACCACAGGCCCUUUCCCCUCCCCGUCCUCCUCUUCCAAAAGAGGAGAGCUUUGCAUGGCACCCUCGCACUGACAUGAAAGUAACCAACCUGCUGCCAGUGCCCAUAAUGGACUGUGUGUACCUGAAUGCACCCAAGCCUUAUACACAGCAUGUGUCACCAAGUUGCAGCAGGCAGUGUUAUUCCUCAUCACCUGCACCCUUUGCAACAGUCCCCAGUGAGAAGCCAUGCUUUUCCGCAGGGCAUCCCCAAUCAGCCAAUUUGAUUCCCAAGGACGUGGUGCAUGCUGGGCAGUCACUUUCGGGAAGUAGCUCCUUGUUAUCAGACUCUUCAUCCAAACAUCAAAACCCUGCCAGGGCAGAUCCUAGUAGUGAAGCUGGAAUGAAUUCCACGUAUGGGACUAAAGCAGAUAAAAAGGUCAGCAGUCUAUAUGUGGCUUGUUUAUCUAACAGCACUUGCUCAGCUGCAUCUGAAAAUUCCACCAGCAUUGCACAUGACCAAACAGAGAGCCCCCGUUUGGGAACUGAGGUCACUCAAGCACCAGCCACCAACAUUGUUUCCUCUGUAACAGAUGCUGGAAAAUCUCUUCCUCCCCCUCCUCCUGUCCCUCCCAGGCCAUACUUUAACAUUGUCCUCAGUAAAGACGCAGUUAGCUAUGGUAGAAGCCAUUCCUCCAGGACUCAGUCUCCACCUCCUCAGGCUGUGAGGGACAAAGUACUAGAGCCCCAGAGUACGGCUGGCAGUGGGGACAGGAUGAGAAAGGAACCUUACCUUACGCAGCAGCAGCAUCUGUACAAGGUGAAAGGACGCAGCAUGGAUGUCAUUUCUACCACCACAGCUCAGCCUGAGAUUAUAGUAGUCCCACUCCUCCAGGUUAACACAGACAGAGAGCAAGAAGGCAGCUCCAGCACUCCGCCACCGCCUUUGGUACCUUUGGGGCAAGGUGCCACGUUCCCUGAGACCGUUCCUACUGGCUCACCUCUGACUUUUCCGACACUAGACGAUUUCAUUCCCCCUCACCUCCAGAGGGGUCCCCACCAUCACUAUCUGCCCUCCUCACCUGGCAUCUCGCCCCCAAUUUGCCAGAAACUACCAUCAUUCUCACCGCCACCUCCACUGGUGCCUCCCGUCCCGGAGGCUUUGCACAGAGUCUUGGAGCCUGAAAUCACUGGAGUCCUCUCACGUACAGACCCAUGUCCUGUGCUAAAUGAAGUCUCCCCGCCUCGCACUGGCACCAAAUACCAAUCCUCCUUAACAUCGAUCAGCAAGCCUUCCUCCACCUAUCCCUCAACCACAAUUGUUAACCCUACUAUCGUCCUCUUGCAGCACAACAGAGAACAGCAAAAGCGGCUUAGUAGCCUGGCAGAUUCCCUGCCAGACAGACCAGUUGCUGAUAAAGUAGGCGCUGUGUCUGCACAGGAAAAGCCAGCUCAGGAUAGUGCUCAAAGUGAGAAGCCAGCAAUGGAUGAGAAGAGAAGAGCUGUCAGGAGUCCCCAGUAUAUGGCUGAUGUCUCCGUGGAUGAUGUAGGCAUUCCACUGAGGAACACAGACAGAUCAAAGGACUGGUACAAGACAAUGUUCAAACAGAUCCACAGGCUAACUAAAGAAACUCCUGAAGAAAACCCUUAUUGCCCUACCUACAAAUUCCCUGAACUUCCUGAAAUCCAGCAAACACCCGAAGAAGACAAUCCUUACUGUCCUACAUACCAGUUUCCUGCGUCUACUCCUAGUCCUAAAUCUGAAGAUGAAGAUUCUGAUUCUUACUCUCCUCAUUAUUCCUAUUCUGAAGAUACAAGAACCCAGCCCUCAGUGCCCCGGUCCAAGAGUGAGAUGGACAACAUUGACCCUGACAAGGUUGUUAAGAGAUCUGCUACUCUGCCACUUCCAACUCGUACUUCAUCGCUGAAAUCCAGCCCAGAAAGGAAUGAUUGGGAACCCCCAGACAAGAAGGUGGAUACCAGAAAAUACCGGGCAGAGCCAAAGAGCAUUUACGACUACCGGCCAGGAAAGUCCUCUGUUUUGGACAAUGAAAAGAUGACUCGGGAUAUAAGUCCAGAAGAGAUAGAUUUAAAGAAUGAACCUUGGUAUAAAUUCUUUUCGGAAUUGGAGUUUGGGAAACCGCCUCCAAAAAAGAUAUGGGAUUAUACUCCUGGAGAUUGCUCUAUACUUACUAGGGAGGAUAGAAAGACUGAUCUAGAAAAAGACAUUUACCUCUACCAGACUGAGUUAGAGGCAGAUUUAGAACAAAUGGAGAAGCUUUAUAAAGCACCAGAUAAAAAGCCACCGAAGAGUACAGCAAGCAACACUCCUCUGGAAACGUCCUCAGACCACUCAUCCUACUCAGCAUAUUUACCCAGCUACCAGGCAGCAAGGAAAGAGCUGGAACCAGCGCCAGCAGACACUGCUGGCUUGGAGAAUGAAAGGCAAAUUUACAAAAGUGUGCUGGAAGGUGGUGAUAUCCCGCUGCAGGGGCUAAGUGGUCUCAAGCGUCCGUCUAGCUCUGCUUCCACUAAAGUGGAUCGUAAAGGUGGGAAUGCUCAUAUGAUUGCACCCUCUUCAGUUAAUAGCCGAACCUUUAAUGCUAGUCAUACCAGUAUGUUAGGUCAUGCAUGUACACAUAAGAAGCCCUUAUCAGCUGCAAAAGCCUGCAUUACUGAAAUCCUCCCUUCCAAAUUCAAACCCAAACUAGCUGCUCCUGCUGCUCUUGUGCAGGACACAAAGGGUAUCCUGCUGCCUCAUGAGAAAGCACAAAGCUGUGAGAACCUUCGUAGCUCCAGUGCCUUGUUUGAUAACAAAAAAACUUUCCUGGUCAAUGUAGGGGAAAGUGUAGAAAACCUUCUAAUGCAAUCGAAGCAGGAGUAUGUCACCAAAUCCAGCAGCACUCUGAGCCUGCAGGAGUACAGCACCAGUUCUAGAAAGGGCUACCUUCCCAGGAAGAGUGGGAUGGAGUUUACAAUGCUGUAUAAAAAUAUGCAUCAGAUCAACAGGUCCAGGAUCCACCUGGGCACCAUCUCAUCCUGCAGUGUGAGGGAUAUUGCAUCCCAGUUUGAGAACGAGCUGAGGGACAGGAGUGAGCAGAGCCCCAGUGGGGAGAAUUCGGAGCAAAUCCCCAAAGACACUGUCUCAUCCCGCAUCACCGCCUUUGAGCAGCUGAUCCAGAGAUCCCGGUCCAUGCCAGCUCUCAACUUCUCCAGUGGGCAAAGCAAAUCGCCCACCUCUCCCCAGUCUAAGAGCUGCCUGAGCUCGGCCUAUUCAGCAGAAUCCCUCCUGGAGUCGCCAAAGCCAAACCAAGAAGAAAAGGAUGCUGCCAGCAUGGCCAACAACUCCUCUCACUCCUGCAGUAACGUGGAGGACUUGGCGUCAGAUCUCAGUGACAUUGUCCCCAUGGACAUGCUCUCGGCUUGCACGGACGAGACUGAUCUCCAGUCCAACGCAUCCAACGACAGUGGCGGCAGCCUCAGCCAUGCCAACGGGCCCCAGAAAUAUAAAUUAAACAAAUGCAAAGGAGCUUGCCCAGCUUCCUACACCAGGUUCACCACCAUUCGUAGGCACGAGCAACAGCAAGCCUCCAAGAAUCCCAGUUCCAAAGGGGAUGCCCACGGGGACAGGCACACGCUCCUGAGAAAUGUUUAUCUGAUGAGCCCGCUUCCCUUCAGAUUGAAAAAGCCCUUCCAGCACAGCCCCAGAAAGACUCCUCCCCCGGAUUGCCUGGGAGUCCCACUAAUAUAUAGCACUGAGAACCAGAAUAAUGCAGCUCAGCCACGAGGAUGCCAGGCGGAAAAGAGUCACCACUCCCUGCACAAACUGUGCUGUGAAGACAAACCUCUGGCCCCCAAGCGCCUGUCUUCCUUUGAAAUUGUGGAAAGGCUUAGCCAUUUCCCCAGCAUGGAAUCCAGUCCAGAAAGUGCCAUUCUCCGAGCUGAUACGCCAGACUCCUUUAAUAAUGGGAAUAUUGUUCCAUGUGCUUUCUAUCACAGCUUGGAUAGAAACAACAACCCGCAAAGCGAACUCAGGACAUACCCUGGAGAUUCAGAAUCACCAAGGCAUUUUGCACCAGUCGAUUACAUGGAAACUCCAGAAGAAAUUACUCGUAGACGUCAUGAUGAUAAAGAGAAACUUUUAGAGGACCAGAGACGACUUAAACGUGAGCAAGAAGAAGCUGAUAUUGCAGCUAGAAGGCACACAGGGGUUAUUCCAACGCACCAUCAGUUUAUCACUAAUGAGCGGUUUGGGGACCUCCUAAAUGUAGACGAUACAGCAAAGAGGAAAUCUGGGUCAGAGAUGAGACUUGCUAGAGCCAAGUUUGACUUCAAAGCACAGACACUAAAGGAACUUCCUCUUCAAAAAGGAGACAUUGUGUACAUUUACAAGCAGAUUGACCAGAACUGGUAUGAAGGAGAACACCAUGGCAGAGUCGGCAUCUUCCCACGCUCCUACAUAGAGCUACUUCCGCCCGCUGAAAAAGCCCAGCCCCAAAAGCUUGCCGCAAUGCAAGUAUUGGAGUACGGAGAUGCUGUUGCUAAAUUUAACUUUAAUGGGGAUACUCGAGUGGAAAUGUCAUUCAGAAAGGGCGAAAGGAUCACGGUGAUUCGGCGAGUUGAUGAGAACUGGUAUGAAGGGAAAAUCUCUGGCACCAACCGCCAAGGCAUCUUCCCUGUCACUUACGUGGACAUGCUCAAGCGGCCACUAGUGAAGAAUGCUGUUGAUUACCCUGAGCUGCCGAUGUCUCACUCACCUAAUCGCAGCACAACGGCUUCCCCGCAGUCUCCUGGCUCUGAGCUGCUCCAUACACCAACUCCUCCACCUUUGCCUUUCUCACGCCACACCCUGUCUCCAGAGGUGCAGGCUAUCACGACGGAGUGGAUUUCCCUGACUGUGGGAGUGUCUCCUAGCAGUACUCCUGUCAUAACCCCUGCAUUGCCUCCUGUCCCCGAAGACUGUCUCUGUCCCAUCGACUAUCUCUCACCCUCAGCUGCAGCCAGCCCCUCCCCCUCUGUUAGCCUUCACCAUUCUAACCUUUCGGGCUCCUCCACGCCACUGUCCAUUAUAUCCACACUGCCAUCUUUCCCCUCCAGGCCACCGUCCUCUGCUCACACUUUCAGUCAUACCACUCCGCAAAGUGAAGAAAAGUUUGUUGGCUGCCCUCCCCCCAACCUGAGCAGCUGUCAGACCCCUCACUCGAUUGUUGGGAGACCCGAGAGCUUCCUCUCCGAGCUCAGUGACGUCAUUGGUAACCAAACCAAGGUCCAAAAUAAUAGAGAAGGCUGCAGAAACAGUGAGAGGGAGGGUUGGAAGGAGACAGACAAAGGCUCUAAUCCCAUGCCCGAGACCUCUGUGAAGGGUUGCCUGAAAACAUCAAAUCUAGACAAGAGUAUGAGCCCAGAAAAGAGACCCUUUGCUUCCUUUGGGGAAAGCCAAUUAUGUCAGGAGCUAAUCACUACUGAGCAGGGAAAUAAUGCUGAGAAAAGAGGCACAAGGACAGGUGAACUGAGAGAGAUUCGAAGCAGAGCAAACAAGACUGCAGACACUUCAUUCUCUUCAUCUGCUCUUCUCUCUUCCUCUGCACUUUCUUCCUCUGCUGUCACAAUACAACCACCUCCUAGACUUACACGCAGGGUCAGAAUGCCCCAGCCUUUGAGGACUGAUGCAGGAAUGACUUCCAAAAGUCCUGUAACAAUUUCAGACUACCCAAUAAAUGCCAUGAGCUCUAAUUCCAUUGUGCCUUCUCACCAUUCACUGAGAGCAGGACCAGAUCUCACAGAGUCUGAAAAGAGCUAUGUGGAAGCAGUUUGCAAUGAGAUCAUAAACAUUGCAGAAAAGUCUGUUCAUUACUGCAGUGCUAUUUCUCAACCUCUUGACUCUCGCCACACGGUGGCCUCUAAUGACAAUAAACCAUCUCUAAUCGUUUCUCAGCAACCUCAAGCACAUCAACAAGGAGCCAGCCCUGACAGGAGUCAAACACCAGGAGACAUACUUAGCUACCAAGCCCUGUACAGCUAUAUUCCCCAGAACGACGAUGAGCUGGAGCUAAGGGAUGGAGAUAUUGUAGAUGUCAUGGAGAAAUGCGACGAUGGCUGGUUUGUGGGUACGUCUCGGAGAACAAGACAGUUUGGCACUUUCCCAGGCAACUACGUGAAACUGCUGUACCUCUAAAACAAUCAUGCGCCUGCAAUGCUGAUUAAUAUGCUUUGUUAUCAGACAACAUUUAAGUAGCAAAGACCUUUGAAAUCAGACAAUUUAUUAAUGUAAUAAACAGAAGAUGAGAAGUGGAAUGGGAUGUGGUUAUGUGGUACAGUUCUGGGUUGAAUGUGCAGGUCUGGGUCUGAGUGACGCUGGGCUUACUGUUCUUGUUUGCUGAAGGAAAGAGACAAAGUUUCUAGUUUACAAUGCUGCCUUUGUGUUAUUUGCCCCUCCUCCCCAAGAGUUCUGAGGACAGAGCUUAGUUUUCAUUCUUUUCAUUGAGACAGAGUUGGGGGAAGCAGCAGAAUAGAGUGUGUGAUAGGUUUUGCUUGUGUGAGAGAAAAAGCAAUGGGAACUGUGAUGCAUUGGAGCAACAUGCAGCUCUGCAGCUGCUCCCUCUCUAUAAUGGGGGGGGGGCUUUCUCUGAGAUUACCCCCAUCUGCAAGGUAAUUUUCACUCUGCCUCCCACUUUCAUUCUCAAUUCUUUCUUUGUGAUGUGCACCGUAACAUACAUGGCUGGCAGAGAACGGCUUUAUGUGGUUAGACUAAGUAGCACUCUAUCAAAUGGGGAGGGGCUUUGAACUGACAGUUUAAUCCAGAGCAAUCAGCCAAAAAAAUACCCUCAACUUUGGUAAUAUUCUGCUUCAUAAUAUCCACCCCUGCAGGUUUUUCUGUGUGUGUAUAUGGGUGAGCGUAUUGUGUGCAUAGAAACGAACAGGGUUCCAUGAGGAAUCAACCCAGAUUUUAUAAAAAUGGAACACAAAUAAUGGAGAAUGUAGGGGGCACAGAUCCUGUUUGCAAAUCCCAUGGCUGUUUCCCCCCUAAAUGUUGUGCUAAAUAACUACACACAUUUUGAAGUGUACUCUUUGCAAUAAAGACUUUAUUUUUUCCUGGUAUUCUAUCGUAGACAUUCAGAUAGAUGCUAGCAAAAUAUUACUGAGCUUGCUUUUUUUUUGGUGGUGGUGGUUCUUGAUUAAACACACACAUUUUGGCUGCCUCCUAAUGAAACUAGCAAGACAAACCAAUUUGUAAAGCUGUGUUUAUACAGCUACUACCAGCUGCAUAUAUUUGUACUUUUUUGAAAAAACACAGCUUGCCCACAUACUUGCCUGUAAGUCAAAAAUUAAUGCUCUUUUUGAUAGAAAUUCUAUUUCAAAAAGAAAAAAGUCUAGAUAAAACCAGUUGCAUCAGACUGCUUCCUACAUUGCCAGUACAAAUAGCAAAAGUUUAAAUUGCUAUUUUGGCAUCAGCCAUAUUUAAUAAUAGAAAAUGCCUAUUUUUAUGCCGAUGCUUUUAUACAAACUGAUUAACAGUAACUGCAACUAACUGACUGUUAGCAUGACUUGCAAUACGUUUUGAUAAAUUAGCCAUACUCCUGGGUUUAAAAACACUUAUCUUUCGCUGAGAUCAAUGGAAGAGAAGACUCAAAGUGCUUCGGAAGUAUGAUUGUAAAUAUGUAUAUUUAACUUUGUACAGACAAUGUACUUACCUUGUAUAGAAAAAAAUAAUUUAAACAAAAUGAAUGGAAGGAGGAAAAAAGGCAGUUAUGAAAGGUUGUUCUUUUUUCAUUUUUAUUUAAAUGAAGGAAUUCUAUGUAAGCUCACAUGAAGAGUGUUAGCACAAAAUAUCCACUCUAAACCAGAUACAAAUACAACACAAAGCACCAUUAUAUUUUUGUGCAGGAGUGGGGGUAACUUCAAUCCUUAUCUUAUUUAUGGUUUUUGAUUUUCUGCUUUUGAGUUGCAUUCUUGUUAUCUGCGGCAAUGUUUAGACCUUUUGCUAGGACUGGAUCACACCUAAUUAAUCUAGCCAACAAAGUAACGUGAUGAUAUUGACUGUCUAUAACCAACUCAUUUAAAGGUUUCUUUUUGUUGCUGUUGCCAUUUUUAGUUAUAUACACACACAAACACACACAAACCGCAAUUUAUUUUUGUGUUGAUUUUGGUUCCGUAUUGCAGUGGAUGAUGAUUUGACAAUAAAUUGAAGGGCUGAAUUA